AUGUCUGCCACCUCUGGAAUUCCCGUUUCGCCUGGUCUUUAUUCAGCAUUCGCAGACGCAGUCGAUUCAAAAUCUAUCCGAUUCAUUAAAGUCUCUAUCAAGGACGAAUCUCUGAUUCACGAUCUUUCCGUUCCUGCCACUGCUUCGUUUCAGGAUGAUCUACAAAGCCUCCAGGACGAAUCUAUUUUGCAACAGGACUCCCCUGCCUAUGUUCUCGCGAAACUGGACCAGCCAUCUUCUGAUUGGGUCGCCAUAUUCUACGUCCCCGAUUCCGCUAAAGUCAGAGACAAGAUGUUGUACGCGUCCACCCGUGCAUCUUUGUUCAAGGGACUUGGAUCAACACUUUUCACCGAUUCUAUAUUCGCUACCUCCAAGACGGAUCUUACUGCAGAGGCGUAUGCUGCUCACUUGAAACACUUAGCAGCACCGAAACCUCUCUCACCUCGUGAACAGGAGAUGGCCGAUCUUCGCCUGGCUGAGAGCGGGACGGAUUCCCUUCGUGGCAGCCAAGCGCGGAUAAAUCACAUCGGGACAGGUGUGGGUUUCAAUUGGUCAAUUGAAGUAGUAGAGGCAGUCACUGAGCUUGCAAGAGGUGAAGGGUGCGCUCUUGUCGUCGUCGCCGUUGACUCUAGGACUGAAACACUUGUAUUGGAGAAAUCUUCCGAGAUCACAAUUGAAACUCUAGGUCUUGCAUUGCCGCCGUCCGAACCUUGUUAUGCCAUUUUAGCCUGGCCCCAUACGCUCACAGGUGUUCCACGGCGCGAAACCGUAUUCAUAUACUCCUGCCCGUCGAAUUCCCCGGUAAAGAACCGGAUGGUAUAUUCUUCUGGCUCGACGUCGACCUUUCGGGCCGCCAAGGCCUUAUUGGUAUCAUCCUCUCCUAAUAUUACCAUCGCCCCCCGAACAGUGGAGACGUCAGAUCCGUCUGAGCUUGACGAAUCUUACCUGAAAGCCGAGCUUAAUCUGGAAAACAUCGGAGAGGUAAUGGUUAGGGAGACAGAAGAUAAAAAACCCUUUGCAAGACCUAAAGGUCCAGCGAGAAGAAGAUGA